AUGCCUUUGAAUAUUGAUUUAAAACAGCAUUGUUAUGAUUCAUUAAGUGAGCACUCAUUAGAGUUAACUGGCCCUCGUCAAUUUUAUCGCUUUAUGUGGGAGUCGGCAUGCUUCUUAUCUUCAUGUUUGCUGUUGGAUGAUUUUUUGUCACCCAAAGCUCUUGUUGAUGGUAGCUUUGCGUGGGGGAUGAUUCACAUCACUCGAGCUCACCCACAAUUACUUAAGACUUUAAAAGUUUGUUGUUUGUUAAAGUUUUCAGAAUUUCCAUCACAAACAAAUCUAUUCAUUAUUUUCGGCUGUGUUAAUGAUAUUUUGUAUCUUAGCAGGCUAACUGAUUCAAAAGAAAUUGAUUCGGAUUAA